GGGAGCGAAGAAAGACUCUUCAAGAAACGAGACCGCCUAAAGCCUAAAACCCUAGUUAGGGCCAAUUUCAGUAUUUCACAUUCAGAAACGGGAAGAGAAGCAAACAGCUAUGGCGUGCAACGCAUCAAGCUGCCAGUCCAAUUGCUACAGAGACGAAGAACAAGCACGAGAAGAAGCAGUAGAUAGCUCAACCAAUCCAGUUGCUGAUGACAAUAAUCAGAAUCAGAAUGUGUGCGUCAAGUGCAAGUCCAACGAGCCCAUGUCCGCCACCGGCGGCGACGAUGGCCGCUUCUGCGCCGACUGCUUCCGGAGCAACCUCUACGGAAAGUUCAGGCUCUCCGUCACCUCCUACGCCAUGAUUUCUCCCACCGAUAACGUCCUUGUCGCCUUCUCUGGUGGCACUUCCUCCAGGGUGGCUCUACAGUUUGUGCAUGAGAUGCAAAAUAAGUCCCAGAAGAAUUUUGAUGCAAGUAGAGAUCGGUCUUUACCGGUGUUUGGUGUUGGAGUUGCGUUUAUUGAUGAAAGCUCCAUUGUCCCAGUUCCUUCUCAUGAAAUUGACAAAGCAAUUCAAGAAAUCAGAUUGCUUGUGUCCAAUCUAGCCCCACCAAGAAAGGAGUUGCAUGUGGUUCCAAUUGAAAAUAUCUGCUCUUCUAAUUCCAGUGACGGGAGGGACAGAUUGAAAAGUCUACUAGAUGUUGUUAGUGAUGCCACUGGAAAAGAGGAUCUUUUGCUACAUCUACGGAUGUUGUCCUUGCAAAAGAUUGCAUCUGAAAAUGGAUACAACAGGCUUGUACUAGGAUCAUGCACAUCAAGGAUUGCUUGCCAUGUUAUUUCAGCCACUGUAAAGGGUCAAGGAUAUUCCUUGCCUGCAGAUAUGCAAUAUGUUGAUGCAAGGUGGGAGACCCCGGUAGUGCUUCCGCUUCGCGACUGUCUUGCACAAGAGCUCAACAUUCUUUGCCAACUUGAUGGUCUAAAGACUGUGGAGUUGCUUAAAGGUUCUUGCGCUGGUAUCAAUGGCUUGGUAUCAUCAUUUGUGACACUAUUGCAGGAAGAAAAUCCUUCUCGAGAGUGCACGAUUGUGAGAACAGCUGGAAAGCUUACUCCAUUCCAUUUCAACAGGAUUCCCGAGAACAAUGACUCUAACCUCCUUUCGGCAACCCGAAGGCGUCAGAAGAGAUAUAAUCUCAAGCCUAAUGAAUCGAUAUCCUCAGAGUCAUUCUGUCCUAUCUGUAAUAGCCCACUCAACAAAUCUGACUUACUAAGGUUGAGUAAUCUGGGGAGUUGCCAAACAAGUUCUGAAAGUUUUGGUGCUGCCUGCUGUUCAAGUUGUCGCUUUCAGAUACUUCCGAAUGAUCCAUCAUCAAUGGAGAACUUCUAUACGCUUUUACCCCAGCCAUUGAUUGCCAGAGCAAAGCAUAGCAGCUAUGGAAAUCUCAGUUUGCUUAGAGAGCAGAUACAAGAUUGCUUGGUUUCAGACAGUGAAGAUGAAAGCUGAAUUGACUUGUUCACUCUUUGGAUCCUCAAUUUUUGAAACACAUAAUUCAUUGUUUGGUGUUGAGGUGCUACGACAUAUUGCUCAGUUGGACCGUUCCAAAAGAUGGCUUUAACUGCAGCAACACUCGAACAAUGAUCUGAAAGUAAGUGCUGGCAUCAAUUAGCUUUUCUAUAGUCAAGGUGAAUCCAAACUUAGGAUUUAAAUCAUGUUUAUGAAGUUUGGAAUUGGAAAGAUAUUAAUGGUUGGUUGCAAU